AUGGAGAGAACGGUAGGUGGGUAUCUAACUGCCUGCAGAGAGCUGCUGCAGAGAGCUUGCAAGACAGUGGAGCUGGAGUCAUGGCCAGCCCAGCCACUGAAGCAGGCCCCCUCGUCUCUCUCUCUGGCCGCUGAAAAGACUGGGACCAGGCCUCCUGCAGCUCUGGCUCAUCUCUCUGCUCCUAAACCAAAGUUCCUGCAGCAGCUGGAAGCCUACCUCAUGAAGGAACUCCGUCUACUUGGAUGUCCUUUGUCUGGACCUCAUGAGCUGAGGCUACAGGCUCACAGAGAGGUGUUUGAGUACCUGAUAGAGGACUUCAAGACAUACAAACCUCUUCUGUCGGCCAUCAAGACGGAGUACGAACUCUACAUAUCUCACCUGCUGGAGAAGAUCAACAUUCUCGAGCCUCUUACAGCAGAGAUGGAGGUGGUACGUGAAGAGUGUGAGAGGCAGUUGCUGGCCAUCGGUCAGGAGGAAAAGAGGGGUGAGGUGGUAGUUUACUGGUGUGUGCUGUUGGUCACUCAGCCGUCUGUCCCUGCAGCUGAGUCUGAGGUGGAGAGAGAGAAUAAGAGACUUCUGUGUAAGGAGAAGGACCACCAGAGACAAGUUGAGAGGCUGCAGGAGGAGGUGGGGAGACUAUACCAGCAGUACCGCGAUGAGGCUGACGCCAGGAAACUACUGACGGCUGACUACAACGACCUGAAGCUGCAGCAGACAGAGGGAGAACGGGAAGGCUCGGAGGUGGCAGGGAAGGCAGAUGAGAGAGAAGACCCCACUGUCCUGAAACUAAAGCUAGCUCGAGCCAGAGAGGAUCUGCGACUGGCCAAUCAGAGGAUCACGGCCAUGAUGGCCGACUACAGCGACGUUGUCCCUCGCAGGGAAUUCGAGAGAAUGGAGACUGCCUACAAGGCAGUGGAUGUUGACCUGGAGACAAUCAAGACUGACCACACGUCACUGAUGGCUGAACACAGGACUCUUCAGGAGGUUCACGAGGGGGUGGUGGGAGACAGAGAGAGACUGCAGACCUCCCUCUCCCGGCUCAGAGGAACAGCCACCCCGAGACCGGAGUGGUCUCGCUGCCAAGGCUACGUGGAGGGGUGGGAGGAGGUGAGGGUCGGGCGGUCCUCUGACCAACUUGUGGAUCUGCUCCUCGCCAGACUGAGUGGGAGGACCCUGGAGGAGGUCACGACCCUCUCCGGCUUCCAGGGACAGGGGUUGGGGGAGGAGAUUCCUCGCUACCUCCGCUGGGAGGGGCGUGUCCCCAACCACAGGUUCUCUCAGUCUCAGGUCAACUCCCUCGUGGCCGGAUUCUGGAAACACGCUCUCACCUCUGACCUCCAGUCUCCCGUGGUGGAGGAUUGUCUGUGGGACUAUCUCCUCUCACUCCACUCUGGAAACGAGCAGAGAGCCGUCGAAGAUGCCUACAAUCUUCAGGAUGCAGCAUCUCGAAUGAGGCACGAGCCUCACAUUGCUCUGUUCUGUCGGGUGUUGGCAGGAGAGGCCAGACUGGAGGUGGUGUACCAGUGGAUGACAGCCCAAGCCAGUCUCGUGGAGGCCUGCUCACAGCGACAGGACAGUGAGGGGUAUCUGAGCAGGGAGUCUGUGAGUGAAGCAGUGAGAGAGACGUUUCCUGGCAAAUCACCAGUCAUGUGUGCGAGGCUGGUCUCGUGUGUCACCGGUGGAGAGAGGAUCAGUCUGGUCAAAACGCUGAGUCCUGAGGAGAGUGGGAGACCCAGCGAACUGGCUCUGCUGCUACUGGACCAGCAAUCUGACGAGACAAGAGAAAUGUUGGAACAGAUCCUCCAGGCAUCCAGUGAUCAUUUGAAUAUGUCGGAGGUGGAGACUGCCAUUAUGAACAUCGACCCAGCUUACCCCACUACCCUACUCCACUCCCUCCUUACUUCACUGUACCCCGACAGUGGAGUAACUCUCCCCCUACCCCAGAUCACCGCACACCUGACAGCUUGCGGCAUCACUCGACAUUCGCCUUACACCACCCCCUGAUAUGAACAACACUUCAUUUUCACUCUGAGACGAUAAAAAUAAUAAUAUAGCAGUAUAUAUAAUAACAAACCCCCUGAUAUGAACAACACACACCAUCAUGAAAAGAGAAUGAGUAAAAAUAUCAGACUGAAGGGUUUGCUGUGUCUACGUCGUGGAGUCUCUGACAGGUUUUGGAGGUAGAGGUGCUGGGGAGCGGCUCGCUCUAAUGGGUGGAGUCGGUGGAGAUUUGGAGUGUCGGCUGAAGCUACCCCGACGAGGGGGCGGGGGAGGAGGUGUGGCCUCGCUAUCCUCCAUCUUGUCAUAUAGAGUCUCGUAUUCCGUGUCUCCGCCCACUGCAGCAGUCCCAUUCCCAUUCCCUGUCUUGAUUCCAUUCAGGGAGGGUUGCGGGGUGUUGUUGUUGCUGGUGGUGUUCAGGGCCUUGGUGUAGCUGGUCCACGGCUUGCUGUAGCCUAGGGAGUCGACCUGAGGGGUGUGGCCGGGCGGAGGAACCACACCCAGUUGAUUGUAGUCUCCACCCUCUUCCCCCUCAUUCCGGAGUGCCUCUGUAAGAUCUUGUAUAUGGGCAUCAGAUAGUGAGGCAUAUGGAUCAAGGGUGGGUGUGGCUCCUAGACGGGAGUAUGCCGAGUCCUCCCCCUGCGAGGUGGGAGGGGAUGAGGGAGGGAGGAGCGAAGACCGAUGAUGGUUGAGUCGUCCGUAGCCCUCACUGACUCCAGGAUUUGGCACCGACGGAGCCACUUCAGAGUAGACCUCUCCGUCACUAGUGGGCGGAGUCUCCGACAAAGGCUGCUCGCUGUUCAACUUGCGGAUGAGGUUAGCCAUGGGGGAUCCAAGUCGAGGCUUGUAGGGUGGAGGAGCUUUUGGGGGUGGCUUCUUUUGGGGUGACGGCACUCUCAGUUUGGAGUAACCAUCAUCCACCUCGGGGUGAGUACCUCCCUCUACUCCGUAGUCCAGUUUCCCAUAUUCUCCCUCCCCCGGCGGCAUGCUAGCUCCACCCCCCAACCCAUGAUCCAGUUUUCCAUACUCCGCAUCGUCACCGAUGGGGUUGGGUACCCCAGAAGACCCCGCUACCCCAUGGUCCAGUUUACCAUACUCCGCAUCGUCGACGGGGUGGGAUACUCCAGACGGUAGCCCGUGGUCCAGUCUCCCAUACUCCUCACUGGGAGAAUGGCUCUGGUGGGCGGGGCCAGGGGUGGGACUUCGGGACCCACUGCGAGAUCUAGAAGAGUUCCUCAGUGGGAGUACCGGGGCAUUCUUGUGACUCAGUCGACUGUAACCUUUCACUUGUGGAGGAGAGGAAUCCCGCUGCUUAUUGGCCAGUGCCUUGGAGUGGUCCAACCUCUCAUACCCUUCCUCAGGCCCCACCCCCGACUCUGCGUCCCCAACAGUGGAGUACUCCGGGGUACGGAAUGCCGGGAUGUACUUCUUGUUCCGCGUCUUCUCGCCGCCAGAAACGAACUCACUUGGAAUGUGGUCUGGUACUCCAGACAUUGAUGACAUCACCGAGAGCUCGCUGGGGGAUG